CUGGUUUCAGUUUUCAACAAACCUUGCUCGAGAGCUGACAUCUAUUUUUCUCCAGUUUGAUUGUCGAUCUUCGGGUAUAAUUUUCUUAUUGCAAGAUGCUGCUGGUUUUCUUGCCACUAAUAAGCUGCUUGAUGUCCAUCCAAGCUGAAUCCGUGGAUGAGGUUUUUAGGAGUCAUCAGGUGGUCCCCGAUGUGAUUACCGAGCCACCAAACCAGUUAUUAAAGGUUACGUACAAGGACGGCCUGGUAGCCAAGGAUGGAGUGGAGCUAACGCCCACGCAGGUUAAGGAUCAGCCGAUUGUGGAGUGGGACGCACAGCCCGGCGACUUCUACACCCUCAUCAUGACCGAUCCUGAUGCACCCAGUCGUUCUAACCCCAAGUUCCGAGAAUUCAAGCACUGGGUGCUGGUCAACAUUGCUGGAAAUGAUUUGGCUAGCGGCGAGGAGAUCGCCGGUUAUGUUGGCUCGGGUCCACCCGAGGGAACGGGUCUGCAUCGCUACGUCUUCCUGCUGUACAAGCAGUCCGGAAAACUGGAGUUCGACGAAGAGCGCGUGAGCAAUAAAUCCCGAAAGGAUCGACCUAAAUUUAGCGCAGCCAAGUUUGCCGAAAAACACCAGCUCGGCAAUCCCAUCGCCGGUACUUUCUACCAAGCCCAAUACGAUGAUUAUGUGCCCUUGCUGCACCAACAACUUUCGUCCAAUUAAUUUUUCUUUUCUCUGCACUUUUUAUACGGAUUUCCAGUCACGGGGAAAAUAUUAAAUAAAGUGAAACCAAGUACCCUUUUUUGAUUAAAAA